AGGACACCAGUAAAGCAUAUCUCCAGAGUCAGAACUCAACCUGCUUAGGAAGUCCUCAAAGAUGGAGCUGCUAUUAAUUCAACCUCACUUUUGUAAAUUCCUACUGUUGUUGGUUUCAAACUUGCUCCUGUGGGAGAAAACUGCAUCAGUUUCUGCAUGUCACACAGAUGAGGAAGGCUGCAUGAAACCCCUUGUAGAAACAUUUAACAAUGCCAUCCAGAGAGCUGAAACCAUCCUUAAUGUUUCUGAGCAAAUGCAUCAAGAGUUUCUCCACAAUGAAUUCUCUUCCAGACACUUUACACACUUGAACUCACAACUGAUUAGGCAGGAUCAGCUUGUUCUUAGAGCCAGAACUUACUGCCACUCUACUAUCACAAACCCUCCAAAUAUUGGACCUGAAUACAAAAAUAUAAAAACCAAAAAGUACUUAAAAAUGUUGAUCAAUUUCGUGGGUGCCUGGAUCGGCCCUCUAUACCAUCUAGUGACUGAACUGAGUGCGAUGCAUGAUGUCCCCGAAACUAUUCUCUCAAAAGCCAAUGAGAUUGAAGAGAACAACAAAGAGCUCCUGAAUGAUCUUAGGUGGAUACUCACCAAGGCUUAUCCUACAGCAAAGGUGAAGAAAGUAUUUCCUAGCUGGGAACAUCUUCCAUCCAUAAAAUCAACUGACAAAAAUUAUAAAUUUUUGGCAAUAUUUAACCUUUCCCACUGCCUACGUGUGGAUAUAUUCUACACUGAAUUUCAUCUCAGGACAUUGAAAUGUCGCAUAACUGGGAAAGAUUGUUAAGUGCACACCUACCCUGUGUGCUUUGGAGGUGGUCCAUGGCAAUACAUUGCUUGGAAGUUUCAUUUAAUAGUGUACAUUUUG